AAAUUAACCACACAGCGCUCGAGCGAUCUUGAAGCCAUGGCGUCGUCGUCGCCGCCGCUCACCCUCCCGCUCCAGCUCCUGCGGUACGGGACAUCGUCCUCGGCCAGCGUCGGGCUUCGGCGGCCGCUGUACCGGCCUUCUCCGUCUUCCGUCCGCCUGCGGGCGGCGAGAGCCCUGAGACCCGUCGCGGCGGCAGCUUCGUACCACGACGAAGCAUCAGGAUACGCUGGCGCCGGCGACGACGGCAUCGCUGCCGCCACGAGUGUAGCGCUGCACCAAGUGGACGACGCGGCUGCGGCGGCCGAGCUGCGGGCGGCGAGGACCGUAGGCCGCGCUCGGCAGCCUCCCGAGGGGCGCCCCGGCAAGCCCAAGGAAGGCCGCGGCGGGAAGGUUCACGCCGCGCCGACGACGUCGGCGGCGAAGCGAGUACCACGAGCACCGGCGCCGCCCGGUUUGCCCAAGGAAGGAUCCGGCGGCCAGGGCGGAAAGAUCCACUAAACUAAAGAAAGUAACGGCAAGCCAAGCAACCAAUUGAAGGGACUAGAUCAUAAUUACUGGCUACUAGCACAAGUAUCUUUUUUUUUGUUUAAAACCGAAUUGGAAUUUGGGAUUGGAAUAAGAUUCCGAGAUGAAAGAGGACGUGUAACAAGCCGGCGUGCGUACGGUUUGUGACUUGAAAUUCACACACAAUGGUCCCAGAUUCACUCGAAGAGAAUGGAA